UGUAAGGUCGCUCACCCAGCAGAACCAUGCCUGGGGCAGCCCCACGCCCAGGAUGGAGACAUUAGCUAUCGCAUUCUCACUACCCCUGUGCAGUCAGGCCAUGUCACAGCUCAUCUGGUCUUUUAGAAACGUCCUUCGUGAAAACAGAAUUCUAGAUUACUGUUGGGUGGAAUAAAGCCUAAUCGGUGUCACUCGGUCUACCAAAGGGCAGCCACACUCAUGUAAUUACCCACAGACUCCGGCACCAGCUGCUCCGGGCGCUUCUGAACUCCACAGGAUACACGGCGGGCCUGGGCUUCAGGGCCUCUUACUCUCCAUGUCUCUCCCUGCUUGGAGCACAUUACAGAUCUCUUGCAGGCGGACUCCGCGGGCUCCACUUCCCACGCUUCUGAGACCCCACACGCCACUCACUUACCGUGGCCGGAGGUGUUACUGGGCCGCAUUUCUGAAUGAAGAUGUAUUUUGUGAAUGACGCUUCCCGUGGCCAGCUCUGGCCUUGGAAAUGCUGCUCCCGGCGUUUGGACGGUCCUCCUGCAAGUCUCUUCUGCACCGUGACGGGUACCCAGGGAAGGGGACCCGGGCCCUGAGGGUGAAGAGUGUCGGUCGGCCUGCAGCCUGGGCGCCCGCCCCACCCGCCUGCUCUGGGCCCCUCCGGACCUGCCCACUCAUUGUAACGGGGGCCCAAAGACGAAAUCAUCUUGAAAAGCUGUGUUAGUAUGAACAGCUGACGCAUAUCAACACAUUCUGUAACCAAAUAGAAUUCCCGAGGCUCCCUGCAGGUUUCUGGGGCUCUACGAGGGCUCCUGCACUUACAGCUUUCUCUGUUCAUGAACCUCAUGCUGACGAUUGGCUGUUUCCUGGGAGAAUGGUGUCUUUCUGGUGUUGGGGAAGGUGCACGGUGGGCCUAGUGCAGGUGCCGUCCCCGGGGACUCCGGGCCUAACGGGGUGGAUGGCGAUGUGUGUGGAACAGGCUGGCUGGGAUGCGGACGACAUGGGAGAGGGACUCCUUACGAGCAACGAAAUCUGCCACGUGUCGCAGAAGCUCAGAUGCGUCUCCGGGUCUAUAAACAAACACGUUUUUUCAAAAAGCCGACCAUAAAAAUUGAAAACCAAGAGUCUUUUAAGCAAACUAUAUUAUAAUGAAGCCUAUUUAAUUUUAAAUAAACUAAUAUCCAUGUUAGAUACAUAAAUAAUGUCCAUCCUAGGAAAUCAUACAAUCAUUUUUAAAAAUAGUCAAGAAAUUCAUGGAAAGAAACUUUAAAAACUCAGACCCCGGCGACUUGGGAUUGUGGUGGUUUCUCUCCCGCUCCGUUAUUGGCCUCAUUCUGUCUCGCUUUUCAAACACAGCGGGCCAGAUGUCAGCUUUGCGAGGUGUCCCCAUCGACAGCUCUUCUCUAGGUCUGUGACGAUUUACAUGAAGACAACCUUGAGGGCUUAGGUUUUUAUUCAGUCUAACGAGUCAGGUCAGCCAAAGAGCCAGGGAGUUCUGGGACCCUUUCUCAGGCCACAGAAAGAAAUAAAAUACUAGGUUGGUCCUCUGAGGUCCACCGUCUUGGGCGGUGCACAGACGUGUUAAAUAAAGAACGAGCCUCCUAACAGCCGGUUCUCCGAUUUUCUGACAUCCGGGUUCACACACACGUAUGCACGCGCACCCUUUGACCCUCUCGCCCGUCUCUCCCACCCCUGACUCGAACAAUGUCUCUUCUUUGUAUUUAUGCGGUUUUUAGUAAGAUAUGUUAAUACACCUUAGUUUUAUCAGACCUUCCCCAGAAUGACCUCGCGGACAGAGUGCCGCUGCCUCCCGGGGGCCAUGUGCCCGGCGUUCCGGCCCAUUGCCGCUCUCCCUUGCUGUGCUCUGGUGUUCAUGUCCAUGGCCACCUCGCUGGGCGUGGCGGCUGGGGACAGGGUGGACGGCCCAGAGACUGCAUUGCAGCGGGGCCAGGCCACAGCUGAGUAAACACCAGAGCGAGUCUGUCCUGCUGGCUUCCUCUGCGACCCACAUGCCCCAGUGGGCCAGGCAUCCAGCUUGCUCAGCACUUCCUCCCCCCGCCUUUCCGUGCACCCUGGCCACGGCCUUCCGUGCAGUGGCUCUGCCACGGAAGCUGCCCUACAGGAUUUCUGGAAAAGACAGAGGACAGGAGAGGCAGAGAGAAUGCAAGGUUUUGCAUUUCCAACUUGAAGACACGUCUGCUAAAAUAAUGGGAAAGCGUUUUUAGCAACCCAGCAGCAGGAGGCUCAGGGCGAGAAGGUAGACAUGCUCAACUCCGAGCUUCUGCAAGGCUCAGGGGACCAUCUUCAGAAGGACAGGCUCAGGGGACAGUGUUCGGAAGGACAGGCAGAAAUCCGGAGACAUUGGGGGAAGCUGAUUAAGAACCGCCCAUCUCGUUCGAGAGGCUAACACAUCCUAGCUAGUAAUGGAAAACGAAGCUGUGUUUGCUGUUUUUCUUGCUGGUAUUCCCUUCGUUAGGAAGCUAGAACACAAUUCGACUUUCCCCUCAUGUUCAUGGUAAGACUGCUAAGACCCCUUUCAGGCUGGGGUUUUGCCAGUUUAGGGAAGAUUAUAUGUUAUCAUUCCCUUGCAGGUGCUCACAUCUGCCUUACACAUACUUUUUUUUGGUUUGGCUUUUCUUUGGCUGCAUGUGGGCUAUUUGGAAAACUGCUUCUCUGAGGUUUUUCAGAGGCUCGUUCUGAGAGCGAGGGGUUCAAACAGAUUCCAGAGCUGAGCCUCCGAGGCCAAGUCCGCAGAAGUGUCUCUGCUCCUUUUCCAAAUAUUUGGUUUUUAAACCAACUGGAAAAGACUGUAGGAAAACUGUCACGUAUUAGUAAAAUUAGUAAGGUUCAUUGUGCUUUCUCACUGAACGUCCUUUACAUACACAUCUCAUUAGGCUGAAAAUAGGAAUUUGUUGACCUUUGACUGCCUUUUUUUACCCAUAAAAAAGGGAGUUUUGUUUGGAUCAACCAGAUGUUUUUAUUUUUUAAAAAUAAUUUUAUUUUAUUUUUCAGUGUUCCAAGAUUCAUUGUUUAUGCACCACACCCAGCGCUCCGCGCAAUCUAUGCCCUCCUAAAUACCCACCACCAGGCUCACCCAUCCCCCCAACCCCUCCCCUCCAAACUCUGAGAAACCCGAUGUUUUUAAAGCUCAUUGCCUGAACCGGGUUCUCCUCCCUGACCUCACAAACAGGGCAGGAAUAAGGAGAGAACACAAUCCCUAAGUUGAUCUCUUUAUUUUCUUCAUCCGACUCUCCAGCAGUGACGAGUCACAGUCCCCUUUCCCACCCACUGUGGGUCCCCUACUGUGGCACUGGUGGGGGAGUGUGGCAGACCCCACUGACACAUGGUGACCCUGCUGCAGAGUGCACACUCAAACACCCUCUCUCUCUCUCCCACAAACAGGAACAAGAGUGUGCUGACACGGUCUGGAAACAUCUGAUGUUCCAACAAAGGAGGAGGCUCCGGACGGAUGAGUGAGGAAGGCCGCUUCUGCAGGAAUCCUGUUUUUCUAACACCCACCUGGCAAGUGAUUUAUGGACAACCCUCUCCCCCGGGGGGGGGUGAGCAGUGUGGAUACAGACGUACCAGAGCUGCUGAAGUCGGACAGGAGACUAAUAGAGACUAAUCGAAAUCCGGAUCACAAAUGAGUCUUAAAAAUAAAAGCAAGCUCGGGGGUGCACUCCACAGGGAACGGAGUUCAAAUCCCGGUUCUCAAGUUUAGAGGCAGCGGCCUUGGACGUGUUGGUCCUGGGAUGCAGUGAUGGGACUGAUGGGAUGAAAAGUAAAGUGAUGAACGCUGGCCCAGGAAGAAAGGGCCUGCCCUGGUUUGGUAGCUCCGCGCUGCAGAGAAGGGGCUGCAGAUCACCCGGAGGCCGUGGGCGCGUACCUGGGGGGAAGCAUCGGUGCGCCGGCCUGGGGGACCAAGCCACGGAGACCCUGGCCCCGGGCUGGCCCACGCCGCGGUGCCUCCUUCAGAAAUUCAGCUGAGACUGCACAGCGCUGACGCACUCCUCCUCGCGGCAGAGGGGAGCGGUGUGGGGGCCGAAGGAACUGUGCACACACAAGUGAAAUCUGAUCGCCGGCCAGGAAAAGCCCGUGAAGCUAGAGCCCCGGAGGCACGGGCGACCUUGCGCAGCCCGAGUCAGGGCGCGGUCAUGGUGGGCUGCUGAGCGCGGGUUCGGCUGCGGCGGUGGCGCGAGCAAGCGUCCCCAUGGAGAACCCGGUGCCCUCCUGCGCACUCUACCCCGGGGACGACCGCGGCCGCGGGGCCGAGGCCGGGGGCGCCUUUGCGCAGGGAGCGUGCGGCCAGGGCGGCGCACCCGCGGCUCCGGGAGAGGGCAGCCUGCAGCCGCCCGACGCGCAGACACCCUGCAGUCUCCGCGCGUCGCUGUGCUUCAGCUCCGGGGACGGCUCCCCGCCGCAGUCUCGCGCCUCCGCGGCGGAAGGCGCAGCGUCCUCCCCGCCCUCGCGUCGCAGCGGCCAGCGGGUGGUGGAGCGGCAGUGGGAGGUCGGCAGCGCCUGCGCCGCGUCCGCCGAGGAGCCCGGGGACCCAGCGCAGCGCGCGUCCCCGGAGGAUUCUGUGUCCCCAGAAGAGCCCGCGUCCGCCGAGCAGCCCAGGGACCCAGCGCAGCGCGCGUCCCCGGAGGAUUCUGUGUCCCCGGAAGAGCCCGCGUCCGCCGAGGAGCCCGGGGACCUAGCACAGCGUGCGUCCCCGGAAGAGCCCGCGUCUCCCGGGGAGCCCGUGUCCACCGAGGAGCCCGUGUCCACCGAGGAGCCCACGUCGCUGGAAGAGCUCGUGUCCCCCGAGGAGCCCGUGUCCCCUGAGGAGCCCGGGGACCUCGCACCAGUGCCCCCGGGCGUCGGGCCGGCGCACGGGGAGCCUGACCUGGUCAUCGAGGUGUCGGGCCGCCGGCUGCGGGCACACAAGGCGGUGCUGGCGGCUCGCAGCGACUACUUCCGCGCGCGCGCGUCCCGGGACGUGCUGCGGGUGCAGGGCGUGGGCUGGGCGGCGCUGCGGCUGCUCCUGGCCUACGCGUACAGCGGGCGCAUGGCGGGCGUGCGACCCGACAACGUGGCUGAGGUGGUGGCGGGCGCGCGCCGCCUGCAGCUGCCCUGCGCCGUGCAGCGCGCCACCGACGCCGUGGCGCCGCAGCUGAGCCUGGCCAACUGCUACGAGGUGCUGAGCGCGGCCAAGCAGCAGCGGCUGUCCGAGCUGCGCGACGCCGCCUACCGCUUCAUGAGCGACCACUACCUGGACGUGCUGCGCGAGCCCUCGGUGUUCGGGCGCCUGUCGGGUGCCGAGCGCGACCUGCUGCUGCGCCGCCGCCUGCGCGCCGGCCGGGCCCGCCUGCUGGCCGCCGCGCUCGGACCGGCCGGGGAGCGCGCCGACAGCCGCCCGCAGAGCCCGUCGGGGGAUGCGGAGGGCCGGAGCGACGCCGCCGUCUACUACCUGCAUGAGGUGGCCGGCGAGUGGCGCGAGCUGACGCGGCUGCCCGAGGGCGCGCCGGCGCGGGGCUGCGGUCUGUGCGUGCUCUACAACUACCUCUUCGUGGCCGGCGGCGUGGGGCCGGCGGGUCCCGACGGCCGCGCGCGCCCCUCGGACCAGGUCUUCUGCUACAACCCGGCCACCGAGCGCUGGAGCACCGUGCGGCCGCUGCGCCAGGCGCGCUCGCAGCUGCAGCUGCUGGCCCUGGACGGCCACCUGUACGCCGUGGGCGGUGAGUGCCUGCUCAGCGUGGAGCGCUACGACCCGCGCGCCGACCGCUGGGCCGCCGUGGCCCCGCUGCCCCGCGGCGCCUUCGCUGUGGCGCACGAAGCCACCACCUGCAAUGGCGAGAUCUACGUGUCCGGGGGCUCCCUCUUCUACCGCUUGCUCAAGUACGACCCGCGGCGCGACGAGUGGCAGGAGUGCCCGUGCAGCAGCAGUCGGGAGCGCUCCGCGGCCAUGGUGGCCCUGGAUGGCUUCAUCUACCGCUUCGACCUGGGCGGGGGCCGUGGCGACUCGCAGGCGGCGGAGGCCAGAGGCGUCAGCGUGUUCCGCUACCACUGCCUGGCCAAGCAGUGGAGCCGCUGCGCCGCGCACCUGCGGCCCCCGGGCGCGCCGUCCAGCUUGCAGCCCUUCCGCUGCGUGGCGCUGGACGGCACCAUUUACUGCGUGAGCCGCGCAGGCACCUGGCGCUUCGUGCCCCCGCAGGACAGCGAGCCGGGCGCGGACGUGGGCGCGGGCGAAGGCGGCAGUUUCGAGCCCGCGCCGCUCCGAGUCCCCUUGGACGCGCGAGGCGCGCUCUUCCCGUUCGUGCUCAACUUGCCGGAGAAGCCAGACCGAGGCGAGGAGGGUGCCGCGUAGGGCGGCCGGGGUCCACCUGGGCAUCUCCCUCAGGGACGCCCCCGUGGGCGGAGAUCCAACUGGAGGGGGCGGGGGGGGGCACGGUCCAUGAGGCCCAUUUAAACCCUUUGAAGUUGGAAGCUUGUCUCGGGGCCUUGAAGACUUUUUGCAAUGCUGUUUUAAGGUCUGCUGCCCUAUUCUGCAUUCCCUUUUGCGCCGCUAUGCUCGACGGGGUCAAUGGCACAAUAUGUUAGGUGUGUGUAAAGAGGUGACCUUACAAAUAGGGCAUGGGAUAUUGGAGGGAGAAGGAGGAGGAAGUGGAAGAUGACGCCUCAGGAUCAGUGGGUGGGUCCCAGAGUGCCCGUUGGUUGUCCCGGGGUGCUCAGGGGCGCUUGAGCUCCUGAGUGGGAUGGAGAGCAUCGCAGACGGGAGUGUGCACAGUAGCUUCCUAACUGCGCCAGGAGAAGGCCCUGCACAUAGCUCAGGGCCACCGCGCCCCCCGGGAGCCCCUGAAGUAGGCCACCGUGAGUUCUCUUGGCUUGAGGUUUACACUCAUAACCCAUACGCAGAGCUCUUAAAACUUCUUCUGCUUUAGUGAAAAGGCUCAUGUCAUCCUAGGUUCAAGUGUGGGUUGGGUUAGUUGCCGAUGUUCCAAGCAUGAAAGGUGGGAUCUGUCCCUGUCUCCUGUCCAGCAAGCAGGGAAGGAUUGCCCCUGCCCGCUGCGGAUCCCACAGAAUGGGCCUCACCCCCUCUCAAGGGCCACUCCAUCUCACCUUUCAACCCAGAAUGCUUACAGAUUUUUGAGUUAAAGGGUGUUAAUGAUUAUAUCUGAUGUCCUAGUAAUGACUUACUUCAGAGAGCAGACCAUGAGUAGCAAAAGCUGACCCCAAGGAUGCUUGUCUGUUUUGAAAGGAAUCUUCCUCAGGUGCCCUCUGCAUGAGCAGCCACCUUCCUGUUCUCUAACGGGCUCAAAGAAACGGGUGCCCCUUCCCCUCGCCCCCAAGAAGAAGGUUGAAACCCCUCUCGGCACUUCUAAAGACGAACAUGUAGGCACAUUUGGAAUCCACUAGUUACCGAUGUUCGCAGGAUGUAUUAGGCCUUUCUGACGAGGGAGAUUAAUUUUUACAAGUAUGGUGGCAGGAAGAUGUGGCAGUGACAGGAAGUAUACUGACAUAAGACGGAGGUAAUGUGUAUUUAUAAUGUAAGUAGCAGGUAAACUACAUUUUUUCUAAUCAAAUUCCAAAACCCUAAUAGAAUUAACAUCAAUUUCAGUACUUGGAGAGGUCACAAGCGUUAAAAAGAAACCAAGUGAUUGCUCAUUUGUUAUUACAUUUUACUUUCCAAACAGGUGUAGACAGAGUUUACUGUUUAUUAAGAAUUUAAGGGUAAAGUGUGUGCUCAGAAAUAGAGGCAAACCGAUCUGGAUUCUGAAUCAAGGCCAUUUUAAAAAAUUAUAAUAGGAAAAGUGCAUGUUGACAGUCACGGGCACUUAACCAGAGGAAAUCACGCACCCCCUUACUGCUUUUCCCUUCUUUCUCCAGUGGUGGGGGUUGACGUCUCUGAGGCAACAGUGGGUCAUUGGGAAAUAAGUUAUGCUUUCUAAAGAGUCUGUGGUUAUGGGAGUGACUGGUUAAGUGUGUUUGGAAAUGACUAGCUUGCGUCAUUAUGCACGAGCCAGAGGAAUGGAGUUUAGGAUUUCUGUUAGAGUAUCUUCUGGUGACCUGUGUGCUCACUCACGACUGCUCCUGAGCCAAGAAGGUAUCUUGGCAGCCUGGUUCUUCAUCUUAGAAAAGAAGGACAGACUUCGCCUUGCCUGGCCUUCCAUAGGAGUAGAACGCGGAAACGGUAGCAGAAAGGGAAGUUAGAGCAAAAGGAAACAAUGUUCUUUUAAAGAAAUGUGCGCCUUGUGUCCUAGCACAUUUCCCUCUAGAAAGUUAUAUUUAUGCUAAAGCUUUUAUAUGAAAUGGAACCAGGCCAAUAUUUUCAUUCCUUAAUUCUCAAAUUCAUGAAAUACUAUCACUGUGAUUUUGCUCACGAAAUCAUUCCUGCGAUGUUUGCUGUUUCAAAACAAAAUGCUGUGGGAGUGAAUUUCCGAAGCAGGCUCGUCCCUACAGGGGCACAUGGGAAGUGCUGGCUGGCGGGUGCUGACAGCCUCAGCGUCCCGUGCCCAGCUGGAGUUCUGUGUGUUGUUUUAUGAUUUAAUUUAACAAAGGCCGGCCCCAGACCUGGCAUCACUCCUACGGGAACUGGCCUUGGAGUUCCAGGGUUUGCUGCAGUGGAAUGCAUGAGCAAGCCCAGGGAAACGCAAGGAUAGGUGGGAGGACAUAGAAGAGCGUGGAUCUUAUUUCUAAAUACAAAUACCUCCUAGAAACAUGCCACUAGGAUCAGUUUAUUUUGCUUUUGGGCCAGUAUUUGGAAUUGUAACCACAAGGUUUGCAGCAGUCAGGCAAGCAGGUGGGGGCCGGGGCCACGAUGUGGAGGACUGCGUGGUGCGGGGAGGGGCUGUUGGGGGGCAUUCCCUGCCGAGACGUGCCCCUGAUGGCUGAUGCUCCAAGGAGGGGCCUUUGCAUAGACAACGGGACGCUUCAGGCCUGCACCCAGCACCAUGUAGGGAUGCCUCACUGUUCUCAUUCCGGGGUUGCUCGUUUUGCCGCAAACUCCUAAAGACUGAUCUGUCAGAGGCCAGCGAGUCUGGUGUGUGUAGGACCACCCAUAACUCUCACACAGGUGACCCCUGCACGCAGACAUUUCCCAUAUGCGAACGAGCAGAGGGCUUGUCCGGGGAGACUGCCGUGGACAGAAAGGUCCGGCCUUUGGCUAGCCUACACCCUUUGUCCAUGGAGGUUCACUUGAGCCACAGAGACACGGGGCUGGCCACGUCUUCUUCUACGUGUUUAUUCUUGGUCUUGGGAACAACCUGAGCCCCGAGCGACCCUUGGCAGCUUUCAAGCUGGACUUGGGCCUUGCUGGUGGGGUUUCUGCGUCCCUGGGGGCCCUCUAAGAGGACACACAGACACCGUGGCUGCGCGUCUGCUGCGGUUCAAACUCUUACGUGUGCAUUUUGCCGCAGACACUCAAGAAACGCAGCCGUCUGCCACAUCUGCGCCAUUUCUGGUGGCGUUGGUAAUGCUGGCUCCUCGGGUGUGCUCUUGGGUAACUUCCUGUGAGCGAUUCUCAAACGGCCUGUGUUUGAGGUCCUUGGCUGUAUUUUCUAAAGCUGAGGUCCGUUGGGACCACAGCCCGCUGGAGCACCUGCAGGGCCGAAAUGUCAGCCGAUGGGCUGCUUGUGUUUUAUUUUAGACGCUUCGCAGCUUAUGAAAUGUUGUAGUCGGGCAUUAAAAAAAUUUCACAUUCUCACUUACCCUGUUCCUGGGCUGUGGUAUUCAUGAGAAGUGAUGGGGCUGGGAAGGGAGACUGCACACGCUCCAGCCACACGCGCCUUUCUGCCCCUGCGCCCUGCACCUGCCAGCACGCACGGCCAGGCCCCCGCGCUCUGGUGCCGGGCGUGCCGCUGUGACGCGCGCCGGGACUCUGCUCGCGGGGAGCCGAAGUACAGGCUGGACACAUCUCCUGGGAGGAUUCAGCCCUCCACGGCUCUAACAAGCGUGAACAGAGUACAGGGGGGCAUUGGGUAGAGACGCACCAGCCCUGCUCCCCGCAGGUUAGGCCCGUGGACGCUGUACGCGCAGGGAAUGAGCUACCGCUUCGGUUUCUCGCGCCUGGGCGCAAUUGCUGUGAAGCCUUGUCCGUGUCUGCUUAUGCCACGAUGAAAUAAAUCAUUGGAAAUGCUAGUGCU